UAUAGAAACAACAACGAUUUGUUGAUACCCGAGUUUCUUUGAAGAAGACCUUGAAUUUUUUCCUCUGUUUUUAUCCAACUAUAAAACAAGCUUGAAAAUAGAAGCAUUAUGUCGACACACUUUAGUGCCAAUCAGUAUGAACAAGCUUUCGCGGCACAAAGACUACAGAACUGGGAAGUACCAMAGCGAUUCAAAGAGAGGCCUUCCACUCUGGAGGGAUUUACGCGUAUCAUCAGCAAUGACAGUGGUCAUAUUCUUGAAGGAAUCYCUCGUUCCUCUAAGUCCCCUUGGGGAGAGUUUGUAGGAACCUGGGACAUGCAAAAACCACCAUUAAGGACAAGGACUCUCAAAACUAAGGCAAUGGUUGAAAAACUACAAGAUGCAAGAACUCCAUCACCAACUAAAAUGCGAACACCUUCUCCUCAAAAACCAAAAUCAGCAUCUCCUGUAAUAGAACAAGCAAGAACCCCAUCACCUACAAAGAUGAGAACACCAACACCACAAAAAGAAAGAACUCCAUCCCCUACAAAAGUAAGAACACCAACACCGCAAUGUAMUUCCCCAACAAAAAURAGGACACCCACUCCAACUGGAAGGAAAAGCACCAGUCCUGUCCAACAGAAGGCCACACCUGUACUGGAGGCUGAAAGCUAGACAGUUAUUACAUGUACAUUGUAUUAAUAUAGAAUAAUUUUAUAUUUGAUGAUUCACAAUAUCAUUCAGUUUUCAUGAUUAUUUCAAUACCAUUUAUGACCUUGACACCUGUAUUUUAUKUAGAAAAUCAAUCUCUUCUUUUAAUCAUGUAACAUAUAUUUAAAUAUACUAUUCAAAC